UAAAAUUAUUAUCAUGUAAUGCCUAUAUAUGGGUGUUUUUCCUCCAAUAAUUUCAAUUUCAGAUAACCUGUUACAUUAGAAAGCAUAAUUUUGUGAGCAGCUGAGACUCCCAGUACGGGAAAGCCCAAAUCCUUUUGUUAAAACUAUUCUAAGGCUCUUUUUUUUCCUCAGGCCUCUAGUUUCUUCUAGUUCACUGGCUGUCAGCCUUUUGCGAGGCCUCUCCUGUUCCUCUUAUCAAUGGUAGUUUUUGACCCUCACUACUGUGUGGCCUAGUUUUGCUUUUUAUCUACACAUAAAACAGCAUUUAUCGACAUCAGUCUACAUCUCUUUCAGGGAAAUAACAAAAGUGGCUUUAUCUUUUACUUUAAAACUAUGUAGUGGUUUUCUUUGCAGGUUUUCCUGGAGCCUUUGGACUGGAUUCCAUUUUAUUUUCCUUUUUAUCAACACAAGAAUCCGUCCUGUCUUACAUGCUAGAGGGCUUUUGGCUGCCUUAAUUUACAGCCUAAUUAGUUUGGCCUUUUCUAUAGCUGGUUUACCAACCUUCUCAUCUUUGCAAAGCUUCUGGGUCAGAUGUGGGUCUAGCCUCCCAAGGACUCGUUUUCGCCUGCCCUUUCACAUAAUCACUGCAGGGUUUUUCAUCUAUUUUAACAUCGGGUGGGGCAGGGGAGUGGAAGCUACUUCCUGCAACACCUCUCGGUUAAUAACCAGUUUCUGUAAGUAGCAGCAGCAGCAGUGUGGGGUCACGGUUAGGCAUUCAGGCUUGGGCAUCCAACAGACUUGGCCCCAACUUUCAGUGAAUUAUUUCAUUUCUCAGCGUCUCGGUUUCUGCAGGCCUAAAAUGAGGACAAAAAUACCUACCUUUCACGGAGGUGGACGCGGAGACUAAACAAGGCGAUAAAUGUUAAAGACAUUCGAGAAAGAGAAGCCCGUGAUAAUGAGUGACUGCGAUUUUUAGGCCCACAGCCAGGUUAUUUCCAGAAGCUGGCCCUCCACACCAGACCCUGCCGCGCAGCCGCGGUGGCGACUCGUCGAGUCGCUCGCAGCCCAGGAGGAGCUGGGGCCUCGCGCAGGCGUCAGAGCCGAGCAGCGCGCUCCGGAAGACUAGCGCGCAGGCGCCGCGGCGUCGGGCGGACGAACCGGCGGUGCUGUCUGGGUCCUCCAUGGCUGAGGCGUCGCGUUGGCACCGAGGCGGGACUUCGAAACAUAAGCUGCAUUACAGAAAGGAUGUAGAAAUUAGAACCACACUUCAGGAGUUGUUACUCUACUUUAUUUUUUUAAUAAACCUAUGUAUAUUGACUUUUGGGAUGGUAAACCCACAUACGUAUUACUUAAACAAAGUUAUGUCAUCUCUAUUUUUGGACACUUCUGUGCCUGGUGAAGAAAGAACCAACUUUAAGUCUAUUCGCAGCAUAACUGAUUUUUGGAAGUUUAUGGAAGGACCCCUUUUGGAAGGUCUGUACUGGGAUUCAUGGUACAACAGCCAUCAGCUGUAUGAUUUGAAGAACAGCAGUCGCAUCUACUAUGAGAACAUACUUCUAGGAGUCCCCAGAGUUCGUCAACUAAAAGUCCGCAACAACACAUGCAAAGUCUAUUCAUCUUUUCAGUCUUUGAUAAGCGAAUGUUAUGGCAAAUACACUUCUGCAAAUGAAGACCUCUCUAACUUUGGCCUUACAAGUAAUAGUGAAUGGAGGUACUCUACUUCUAAUACCAACUCCCCUUGGCACUGGGGAUUUCUUGGUGUUUACCAAAAUGGGGGAUAUAUUUUCACUUUAUCAAAAUUAAAAUCUGAAACAAAAAACAAGUUCAUUGACCUUCGACUGAACAACUGGAUCACAAGAGGGACCAGAGUUAUUUUUAUUGAUUUUUCAUUAUAUAAUGCUAAUGUAAAUCUGUUUUGUAUUAUCAGAUUGGUGGCAGAAUUCCCUGCAACUGGAGGAAUAGUUACUUCAUGGCAGUUUUACUCUGUGAAGCUCCUCAGAUAUGUUAGCUACUAUGAUUAUUUUAUUGCUUCCUGUGAAAUCAUAUUUUGUAUUUUCCUUUUUGUCUUCACAACACAAGAAGUCAAAAAAAUAAAAGAAUUUAAGUCUGACUAUUUCAAAAGUAUUUGGAACUGGCUAGAACUGCUACUUUUGCUGUUGUGUUUUGUAGCUGUUUCCUUCAACAUAUACUGUAAUAUACAAAUUUUUCUCCUACUUGGACAGCUAUUGAAAAGUACUGAAAAAUAUUCAGAUUUCUAUUUUCUUGCAUACUGGCACAUUUAUUACAACAAUAUAAUUGCUAUUACCAUCUUUUUUGCAUGGAUAAAGAUAUUCAGAUUUAUAAGCUUUAAUAAGACAAUGUCUCAACUGUCAUCAACCUUGUCACGUUGUAUUAAAGACAUAGUAGGAUUUGCCAUCAUGUUUUUUAUAAUAUUCUUUGCUUAUGCCCAGUUAGGAUUUCUUGUUUUUGGAUCACAAGUUGAUGACUUUUCCACUUUUCAGAAUUCCAUAUUUGCACAAUUUCGAAUUGUUCUUGGAGAUUUUAAUUUUGCUGGUAUUCAGCAAGCCAAUCAUAUCUUGGGACCCAUUUACUUCAUCACUUUCAUCUUUUUUGUGUUCUUUGUCCUGCUGAAUAUGUUCUUGGCAAUUAUUAAUGAUACCUAUUCUGAAGUGAAAGCUGAUUAUUCAAUAGGCAGAAGGCCCGAUUUUGAACUUGGUAAAAUGAUUAAACAGAGUUACAAGAAUGUUCUCGAGAAAUUCAGACUGAAGAAAGCUCAAAAAGAUGAAGACAAGAAAACUACUAAAGACAGUGGAGAUUUGGCUGAACAAGCCAGAAGAGAAGGCUUUGACGAAAAUGAGAUUCAAAAGGCAGAACAGAUGAAAAAAUGGAAAGAGAGGCUUGAGAAAAAGUAUUAUUCUGCGGAAAUUCAAGAUGACUACCAGCCUGUCACUCAACAAGAAUUUCGAGAGCUUUUUUUAUAUGCUGUGGAGCUGGAGAAGGAAUUACACUAUAUCAAUUUGAAACUAAAUCAAGUGAUGAGAAAGCUUUCAGCUCUAUAA